ACGUUGUUUCCCAGGAGGCCACCCAGCUGACAUUCGGUGCACCGGCUUCGCCUCGCACGGAAACGGAAGGUGCCGACCACUCGUACUCCAUGGGGCCUCCAGACGCAGCAUCUGCUGCCACACUAAGAAAAGUCAACCACCUUCUCGAAGUCUGUGGAAAACUCGAGCAUGAAAACAGCUUGCUCCGCAAAGACAAAUCUGUGCUCCAGAAAGAGGUUGAGGAUCUGAAGGCUCAGUUGCACGAUAUGAAAGUUCAGGCGCUCAAAGAGAAGCUGAAGCUAAAAAAUCCUGUCUCUAAAGUUCACGAUUUUGUUUCAGAUGAGAAACGACUCGUGUUUUAUACGGGGUUUAACUCCUUCAAAAAAUUUGAUGCGUUUGUGGAACAUGUUGAAGGCAUGUACGAGGCACUGAAAACGGGUGCUGGCAGGCCACCAGCACUGACAAUGAAAGAACAGCUCAUUGCAGUGCUUUGCAGGCUCAGGGUUGGGUUACUCGAACAGGAUUUGGCAUAUCGCCUGAAAGUGUCUGUGUCGACCGUGAGUGCCAUGUAUACAUUUUGGGUUAAUUUUUUGUUUGAAAUGCUAAUCCAGAUACCAAUGUGGCCAUCCCGUAACACAGUGGACCUGUUCAUGCCAGACAAUUUUAAAGAAUUGUACCCAUCUACACGCAUUGUACUAGACUGCACAGAAAUUUUUAUCGAGAACCCGUCUGACUACAAUACACAAAGCGACACUUUCAGCUCGUAUAAAGGACACAACACCGCAAAAGGGCUCAUUGGCAUCACUCCGAACGGCUUCGUUUCUUUCGUGUCUAAUCUUGCUCCUGGAAGACUUUCUGAUCGAGAACUCACAAGACACAGUGGCCUGUACGAGUUGCUCGAGAAAGGGGACAGUGUAAUGGCGGAUAGAGGAUUCCUCAUUGAAGAUGACCUCCGUCAGCUUGGAGUCGAAUUAAACAUGCCACCUAUGUUGAAUGGCCGCUCGCAGUUGUCACUGGCAGAGGAGUUAGCAACACGGCAGAUAGCCAGUUUGCGAAUUCAUGUUGAGCGUGUCAUCAGGGAAGUUAAAAACUUCAGAAUACUCCGUGCUGUUUUUCCGAAUGUUAUGGCAGAGAAGCUGAACAAGAUAUGGAAAAUUUGUUGUUAUCUCAAUAAUUUCAUGCGUGAGCCCAUUCUAAACAGAUGAGCGAUGGUGGUGUUUUUAAUGUUUUGUACGUUGUGCAUGAUCUACUGUAAAGCAGGGGUGCUCAAACUUUUUAGCCUUUUCAGUUGAAGAAAGACUAACCUCAUUUGGCUAAAAUGGAGUCGGCUCCUACCAUAUUUCAUUUCUAUUUUGGCCAGCUUCGGUCACGGAGCCUGUAUUGAAAAUAUUUGCUUUAUGGGGGUUUAACGUCCCAAAGCGACUUACACUAUGAGGGACGCCGUAGUGAAGGGCCCCGGAGAUUUCGACCACCUGGAUUUCUUUAACGGGCAGUGACAUCGCACAGUACACGGGCCUCUAGAAUUUUGCCUCCAUCGAAAUUCGACCGCUGCGACCGAGACUUGAAAAGGUGUUGGCCGGAUAAUGUAAAAGGGGUACGCAAGCUGCACAGCACCUGAACAAAUACUUAAAUUCAGUUAUGACUGGCUGUAUAGUGAGAUAGCAGUAAGCGGCUAGAGCAUUAGUCCCAAAAUAACUGGCUAAGGCGGAUGAAGACAUGCAUGAACAUAGGUGCUUGGCGAUUCUAGGAAGUGUUCCAAGAAACCCAAGAGUUCCACAAAACGCAGUUUGAGAAUCCCUGCUGCAGUGCAAGGCAUUGAACUUGCGUUAAAGUACACUACUUCAUGUACAGCAGACUAGAGCAGCAUUUCUUGCUCUGCUGAAGUAAGCCUGAAGUCACUGUACAGGCUAUAUAGCGCUGCAAUGCCUUAUUUCUGUGUCGGUGUUGUGCAAAUGAUUCGAGCAUAGAAUGUGGCAGUACUAUAUGUGAGUCAUGACUAAAAACCAAAUCACCAGUCUCAUUGCUGAGCUACACAGACAAGUUGGAAAGUUGGUGUUUGCAGCCAUUGUCUUUUCUACCACAGAUUUUCUUUCCUAACUUUUUGGAGUGAAAUCUGUAAAGUGAAUUUCACUUUGUCAUUUUUACAUGUGUUA